GAAGGUUGGAGAGGGAAAGGUCCUUAACCGGUCGGUUUGUUGUGGCACCAGCACCUUGUUCUGUCCUUCAGCAGGAAAAUGUACUAUAAGUUCAGCGGUUUCACCCAGAAAUUGACGGGUGCUGCUCCCACGGCGGCCUACAACCCUCAGGGGUUGAAGCAAAGCCUGCCUGCAGAGUCUCCCACCAUGAUCUUCGCCACACCCACCAAGGUGGUCUCAGAAGCAGGGUCCACAGUGGAGUAUUUGGGAGCAAACAAAGUUCCUGACCUCCAGAAAUUUUUCCAGACAUCGGACGGUAUCCCAGUCCAUCUAAAGCGCGGAUAUCCCGACCAACUACUAUACCGCACCACCAUGGCUCUCACGAUCGGAGGCGUCGUCUACUGCCUGGUGGCUCUCUACAUCGCAGCUCAGCCCAAAAAGAAGUGACAAACACAAACUCAGGAUCUUGUGUUACACCACUGACUCGUUGCUGCUGCUGCAAUCACCGGGUCUCACUUCACCAGACCCUCUUUGGCCCUUUUAAAUGAGAAACCUCCUCUCUGUACUUUGGUUUUUGAAGGACAAGAAGAGCUUUACGACCUUCUGGCGUAAUUGCUGUCACACUAACCAAAAUUAAAUGAAUAUCAAUAUUAUUAUUAUGAUUAUUAUUAUUAUGACUUUGUUUUUUGUUUUUCAAAUAAUUCAGGUUUAAAGUUGGUAUCAAUUACUACUCGCCACAUAUGAAAAAGAAAAGGUUUAAUAAAUGUUUUUUUAGCCUCAUCAAUAUUGGGACACAAAGCCAAUAAUGACCAUUAUGUUUGUGUUCUUUGAGAAAGAUGUCUAAGUUAAUAAAUCCCAGAAAGAAAAUGGUUUAGUUCGGGUUUGUUUCAUUUUGCUACCAAAGAAACGACCUCGCUGUACCGUGAUGAAACACUCUACAGGGUCUGUCUGCCAUGUCAUCACCAGUGUAUCAGCGAGUCUGAUGGAGACACCGCCGUCUGGAACGUAGCUGCCGCUUACUUGGCUAACAAGUGCCCCCACACUUGGUAAAUACAGCCACCAUGUGGGGGGUGCUGGUGGGAUGUAACAUUCUCCUCACUGUCAUUUUAGGUGAUGCUUUUCCUCUUCUGCAGAUUAAUUUUAAAUAAAUUUGUAUGUCAUCAAUC